CGCUUUUCUCUCACAAAGUAAUCAUUGAAUACACAACCUGUACAGCAAUGCCUGCCUUUGCGCAGUGUAUAAUUUUUCCUAGGUAUGACCAUGUUACAAUUCGUAAGCUGUAUGGGAUCAGUGAGUAUCGAAAGAUCAAAACUUAAUUUUCUUAUAGGAAGCAUCAUAUAUUGUUGGGAACUUGGAAUGCGGAAAUACGAUAUGCAGCUCAUUAUGGAAUUGGAUCCUAAAUAAUCAGCACUUUUGGAAAAAU